AUGGCGGACUGCCAGCCAGUGGGCCAGGGCUCUACAAUAACAACGUCGUCAACACAGGACCCGAAACCACUUAAGACACAUUCAUGCUCCUCCUGUCAGCGGAGAAAAGUCAAGUGCAACAGACAAGAACCGUGUGCUUGGUGCGCAAAGUAUGGAGUGCAGUGUGUCUACCACCCUCCCCAACGGCCUCGCCGGCGGAAGAGGAAUCACCCCGAAGCGAAUCUGGCGGCGCGUCUAGAACGGUAUGAAGAAGUGUUGAGACAAAACAGCAUCGAUCCAGAUGUUUUCUCAACCACGCGUGCGGUGUCUUCGCCGGCCCAUGAGGCUGUGAUUUCAAAGACGGUGGCUUCUGCCACUGAGCUGACUGAUCUAAGCGGCCCUCUGUCGGCUCCUCGUACGAGCAAUUCUAGUCAUGCAGGGCAUACCGAGUUACGGAGGUUUGUUUCGAAAAAAGGAAACUCGCAACUUAUGGACAAGUGUGAGCGACGAGGUGUGAUUUCCUCAACGCAAGCCAUCCGCAUUGUGAAUGAUAUUGACGAAGGGAAACAGUUACAGGAAGCGGAAGAUGCCAUACGGGAGUCGUCAUCUCCUGCCGACUCUGACCAGUCUGGCCAAAACGAUAAUUCCCCGGUGGUUGAUGCUGAAUCAGGCUUGAUUUUCAGUUCACCGGGACGCACUCCCCUCAGCUCAAUGCAUCCAAAUCCGGUGCAUAUCUUCAAGCUCUGGCAAACCUUUCUUGAGAACGUCAACCCGCUCAUCAAAGUUCUCCAUGCACCCGUCGUGCAGCAGCAGAUCUUGGAGGCAGCCGGAGACCUGCACGCGGUCAGCAAAGAGAUGGAGGCGCUAAUGUUCUCCAUCUACUGUAUUUCGGUGAUUUCCCUCGGCGAGGACGAGGUAAAGCGUUCCUUUGGCGAGUCACGCGCCACCCUUAUUUCAAGAUACAAGCGCAGUGCGGAGACGGCCUUGCGCAACGCCGGGCUAUUGAAAACAUCAAAUAUGGUUGUAUUGCAGUCCUUCUUGCUAUAUCUUGUAACGCAACUCUCCCUUCGUACGUUCAUGCGUAACCCACAUCCACUGACAAAUCCGCAGUUUUCCCUGCGCCUGUUGUCCGACCCUCAUUCACUGUGGUCCUUCUGCGGCGUAGCCAUGCGAAUCGCCCAGCGCAUCGGCCUUCACAAGGACGGCUCUCAUCUCGGGCUGUCCGUCUAUGAGACAGAAAUGCGGCGGCGCCUCUGGCUUCAACUCAUCAUCUUCGAUGCCACCGCCGGAUAUUACUCGGGCUGCGGCUCCGCCAUUUCACUCCCUCCUACAUCCCAAACCACACUCCCUCCUCUCAACGUCAAUGACAGCAAUCUAGACCCGAACAUGACGGAGCCUCCGCAGGAAUGCACUGGUCCGACGGAGAUGGUGUUCUGCCUCGUCCGGCACGAGUUCGGCGAAUGGUUACGCCACCGCGCUGGGACGAAGUCUGGGUUCGAUGGACACUGGGGGUUCCUUCGCUCGUCGUCCGUGCCGUUAUCGGAAAAGGAUGCGGCCAUUGACGAGCUGGAGGAGAAAUUUGAGACCAAGUUCCUGAAGCACUGUGAUGUCUCGAUUCCACUUCACUUCAUCACCGUCACCAUGGCGCGGUCGGUUGUAUGCAUGAUACGCCUCGCUGCACACCACCCGCGACAAUACUCCGGUAGUAGUAUUGCCGGGGUCGGUGGGGGUGGCGCACACAAACAGGCUCAGUGCAACCUCCAUUUAUCCGAGGAAGAGCGAGACCGCAUCUUCACCACCUGUAUCCAGGUCGCUGAGUACUGUGAUGCUGUCCAGACCAACCGCGCCACCAAGAAAUACCUCUGGCAUGUCGACUACAACGUGCAAUGGGACGCCCUGAUCUACAUGCUGUCCGAGCUGCGCGGGCGCCGAGUGGAGGGCGCCGAGGUCGCUCGUGCCUGGGUACUCGUCAACAGCAUCUGCGGCAGACACUACCGUCAGAUGGGCCCGCGCGUGCGCCGGAGUACCCUGCACAUUGCCAUCCACAACCUCAUCAUCAAGGCUUGGAAGGGCCACGUCGAUGAGUGUGGGCGGAGGGACAUCCCCUCACAGCCGUGUCCAGAUCUGGUCGCGACGUGGCUAAAGCUGGGCCUGGGGGCGCCGCAAACCGUAGCGGCUGCUGCUCCGCCACUGUCUGUACCCUUACAACAGCAAGAAGCCCCAAGCAGCAGGAUCCCAUAUUCUGUAGAGGACACACAACAGACGCUCGAAAGCGAAAACUCCUUCGCGGGGAACACCAAUACCAACAGUCCACAGCUGCAACCUUCCAUAACGCCGUUCCAGCAGCAUGGGUCUGCUACUGAGACCGAGAUUGGCACUGACAAAAAAGAGAUGGACUUCGUGUCAAUGGGAGGAGUGCCCGCGCUGGACGUCAAUCCCAUGGACUGGGAGCGGUGGGACGACCUGCUCCAGCAAUUCCAGCAGGAGUGUUGGGAUGAGAACACGCUCUUCAGCCAGACAUAG